AUGGGACCAUUGAUCGUAUGUGACCAAGAAGAUGAUAUUUUGGAUGGCACACCUUAUCUGGUAAGUGUUCAAACUGAUUCAGUAGCUGAGGGACUUAUUUGUAACCAAGAUGAUCAUCAGGGUUUAGAAUGUAACCAAGAAGAUGAGGGGUUGGGAUGUAACCAAAAACAUGUUGGUGAUAGUGAAGAUGAUAGCAUUUUGAAUGUAAACUUUGAGGAUUUUGGUGAGGAUUCAAUUGGAAUUGCUAAAGAAAUAGUUGUUGAUAAAGAUGAAGGGAAAGGAAAGAUGAAGGACAAAUUAAAAGGUAAAGGAAAUGGGAAGGGAAAGGAUAAAGGAAAAGGUAAUCGGAAGGGGAAAUCCAAGCUUGGAAGACCAAAGAAACAAAGGGGUUUGAGUGACAUUGAGGAGUAUGACAAUGAUGAGUUACCACAUGAUUAUGAUAGUGAGGAUGAUGAGAUUUUAAAAGAUGAUUUUCCAUCUUUCAAGCUUCCAAAAAUAAUGGAUGAUUACAAAUGGGAAUUAGGGACUUAUUUUGCUACUAGGGAAGACUUUAAAAAGGCAGUUAAAACUUAUGCUAUUCAUUCAGGUAGAAACCUCAAAUUUAAGAAAAAUGAUAACAUGAGGAUGUGA